ACGUGUCAUGUGACAGUGUCACCAUGGCGCCCGCGACGCCGUGGCCUACUAGCUGGGCUAAUCGAUGUCUUCUGUUCAUUAGUGCGUCGCAUAAAGUUAUCACACAUUGAAAACAGACAAUCUGGCAUUUUCUUAGCAUUCAGAAUGGCUGAGAAAAUCGUUUAUCCGAUGCCACCGCCAUUUCGGAGCAUGAUAAGAGCAGACGGGUUUGCAGAGGUUUGGUCAAACAAUGGACAAGAUAAAUUGAAACAGUUCGGUUGGCGGUGCACAAAUAAUGAGAGUAACUACGAGCUUGACACACUGAUUGGAAAUUGGAGCGAAGAGAAGCGUGAGUUGGUUCAAUGAAUGGUCCCAGAACCGUUACCAUCGCAGCAUGCACACUAUUUUAACUCGACAUACAACUCAACCUACAACGCUGAUCCAAAAAGGCGAGUGCCUGAAGAAUUGAAACAUCUAAAGCAUAGACACCCACAUGCUUUUCCACAUCAUCAGCCAGAACUGGACACUCCCAAACUGAAAGAAAUCUACAACAGCUGGGAGACAACUAUGAGGGCUUCAUACAUGGACCCAAGAGGACGCAAAAAUCCCAUCAUUCCAGUUGGCAAGGAAUAAUUUUAACAAACUUUUGAAAGAUUGAUUCAAGACACAUCAUACAGCUAACUCCACUCAUUUCUCAAUCCAUUUCUGGAAAAUGUUUUUCCCUUGUCUCUUUCCUUUAUAAGUAAUACUGCUGCUUUUUAAUGCUGUAGAAACCAAUGAUCUUAAUAAUUUGCCACUGAUGAGUCUUUCCAAAAUUAAUUUCCUUGCUGAAGAAUUUUAGUAUUGUCUAAUUCGCCUUGUGGGAUUAAAUCCAUUUUGUACUCUUGUGAAAAAAGCAAAUUUUGCUUAACAUUCAACCCUAUUUACAAAGGUUGGUAGAAAAGUAUGUCUUUGCUCACUUUCACUUUCUUAAGAUUCUAAGCACCAUACUCAGUGUGGUCGUUGAUCUGUAAAUCUUGCCCUUGCAAACAUUAUCGUAGUAUCAUGUGGCUCAAGCAUGUGCCUUUAUUGUUUAAAUGCCAAAAAAGUAAUCUUUUCAACAUAAAUGUUAACUACUUUUGUUUAUUUACAAGUACUUACAGUAUAUAUGCCAAUACCCUCUUGACCACUGGGAUCUGCAUUGCAUUUGCAUGUAUGACUUGUGCCUGUGGUCAGUUUAUCUUGCUCAGAAUUUGAACAAUAUUACUGGCAUAAUGUGCCUUCACCUCUCUUGCAAUUUUAUUACUGUUGUUAUUGUUUAAUUGUAUCUUAUGAAGGUGCUAGAAUACAGAAGACUAAGUAUUAAAAACUUUACAAACUGAUUCUGAACUGUGAUUGUAGUGUAAUAGUUUGGUAAUAAUUGUAACUUUGUAGCACAAGACUUGGGUUUAUAGUCUUUAUUUGUUUCACUGUCUUUGCCAAUUUCCUUUUUACUAGAAUGUUUUCAGAUUUCACAACGAUCCUCUAGUUUUACUGUAAGACUUAGUGAAGCCCAAAAAAAAUUUGAAAACUGCCAGAACAAAAUUUUUUGAAAUCUUUUUUUUCUUUUGAUGGCUACAAGAGCUUUCCUACUGUGUUCAAGAUCCAUAUUCUUUUGUCACAAGUGCAAAUCAUACUUUAGGUCUUAGAGAAAAAGUUACUUUUUUUGGUAUCAUCUUAAUGCUGUUAAACCUGCCGUAAAAGAAUGCUGAUAUUAAAUUAGCAAUUACUUUAAACUAUAAUAGAUACCACAAAUAUUUAUAAGGUAAAAUGGUAAUUCUUGUCUGAGCAAACUAAAUGAUAUUGUGCCUUCAACUUCCCAACAAUUAUCAAUUAUCCAUGAAAAUUCCACAUUCUUACCGCUUUUUAUUUUUGGGAUUAGGUCACUCCUUGCUGCCAAAUACUAAGUCAGAUGAAAGAGUAGGAAGGAUAUGGGAUAGGUGGGAAAGGGUAAGAUAUGCUAAUCACUAUAAAAACUGCCAAACUUUGGCUGGAUGGUUUACAUAAAGAAAAAAAAUAAAAUAGAAAAACAAUAAAAUUAGUAGUAAAAAAAACCCCCUGAAUUUGAGGUCUUUCCACUUAACUGAUGCUAAUCGCCAACUGUUGACUGUUGCAAGGGAGGCAAGUCUCUGGUGGCAUUCCACAAGGAAAAGUAUCAUCAGAUUUCAUAGGAUAAUUUUACAGGCUGUCAAAGUGAAAGGUCCAGGUAGUGUUUUCCAGUGCAGCAAACCAUUACUUUAAAUAAUAAAAAAAAAAAUUACUUAUAACGUGCUGUUCCCUAAUGGCCUACGAAUAUUUCGUUGAUGCAUUGAAGUUCAUGUGUAUGUAUGAGAGGACAUAGGUGUGCGUGCAUCUGAAAUGUCAUUAUAUGGGUAUGUUUAUAUAUAUACAUUAUGUUAUACUCACAUGUAUAAAUUCUUUUGUGAGCAAAAGAAAACGGUCUGUCCUGGAUUAUGCCUGGUACAGAUAAUAAACAUUGAUUGUGAAAGUGUA